AUGCAUCUUUGCAAUCACGACUUGGCCAAAACACGAACAAGGACGAGCAUGAUGGACUCACAACCACUUGUAAGUCUCACUUCCAUAGAUAUCCACGAAUCUGAAGCCAAAGUGUUCGAUGAUCAUGAAGCGUUUAUUUCGCUUCUAUCCGAACACGAUGUGCCUUGUUCCAGAGGGAAAGUGCGUGUAACUCGACAAGGUAAAGAGGGAAAGACUGCGAUUGUCACUUUUCACGAUAUUGGACAAAAUCAUACAUCAGCUUUUUUGGGUUUCUUCAACUUCAACGAGACUCGUCCACUUCUCGAUAAUUUCUGCAUCUACCACAUCGAUGCGCCAGGCCAGGAGGAGGAUAGCGAGGAACUGCCAGAGGAAUAUUCAUACCCAACGAUGGACGAGUUAUCGGACAUGGUAGGAGAAAUUGUGAGUUAUUUCGGCAUCAAACGCUUUAUUGGCUUCGGAGUGGGUGCAGGAGCCAAUAUCCUCAGUCGAUAUGCGCUGUGGAACCAUACGAAAGUUGAAGCACUGGUACUGGUAGAGCUUGUGGCCUCUAAUGGCGGCUGGAUCGAUUGGGGAUAUCAAAAGGUAUGCUAUUUUAUAAAUGAAAUUUUAAAAGUAGCUUAUUUUGCAAGUGUGCAAGGGGGGCAUUUAAACUAUGCUUCUGUUAACUUGGAACAGGGUUUUAAUUAUUCAUUAAAUUGCGCGUUUUAUACUAAAACAAAAUAUAUUCGUUACUUAUUUUUACACGUUCAAAAAUGAUUUGUGCUUUGGUGUUGUUUUCUAGUGAAGUGGGGCGGAGGUGUGUGCGAAAAAGAUUUUUAAAAAAUCAUUUUUGUUAGCUUACCGGUGAGACGUAUUAGAGGGCUUCACAAAAUACGUGGAAAUUGUGAGAUUGAUGAGGGUGGAUCUCUGUAAUGGGAUACAUCCAAAGUUUGUAUGAGUGAGGUACAUACAUGCAUGUAUGUUUUUCAAACAGACAGUUUGGUUCCUCAUGCUCUGAGCACUACCUAAUUUAAAGUAGUUGUAAUAGCUAGGGGGAACUUUAUAAAAUUGAACGAAAGGAUAUCCCAUACCCAAUUCCUAAGCAUUUUUCAGGAUAGUGAACUUACUGUUCAUUCCCAAUUCUCUAGUGGGAUUGGUGACUUGACUUGAGAAGAGAUGAAAAUUUGACAUUCUGUUUGGUGUGCAAUUAGAAGUUUUGAUGUUUUAUCAAUUACUACAGGUUGUGGUGUUAUGGUAUAUUGAUAACAUAUUCAGUAUUAAAAAUGAAUCAAAAUUUUAAGUUAGGAAACAAAACUUAUGUGAUUUGACAUUAAACUUGAUGCCAAUUUUUUUUUUGUAGUUGUGUGUCAAACAGCUACAGAAAAAGGGUCUGACAACUUUUGUGGAAGACUACCUUCUUUGGCACCACUUUGGUAAAAAGACAAAGGAUGAAAAUAUGGAUCUUGUACAUGCCUUUAAACAGAGUCUCCAUUCAGUCCUGUCUCCUCGCAAUCUCUCUCUAUUCAUCAACUCCUACCUCCAUCGCACAGAUCUUCAGAUUCAGCGGCCCAACCCCACUAGCGGCAAAAAAGUGCAGUCAUUGAAGUGUGCAUGUCUACUGAUAACAGGAGCUAACUCUCCCCACCAAGAUGAUGUCAUUGACACCAAUUCAAGGUUGGAUCCCUCAAAUUCCAACUACUUUAAAGUGUCUGACAGUGGUGGUAUGCCUCUGGAGGAACAGCCACAUAAAGUUGCUACGUCACUGAUCUUGUUUCUUCAGGGCCUUGGCUAUUGUAAGUGUAUAUGAUGACCUGCUACUCAGGCACUAACUGUGAAAAUGUGUUUAGAUAAAAUAAUGACUUUUACCUGGAAGUACCACUUGCAUUUCUCUUGAGAAAGAGUUUCCAGAUCCAAUGUUGAUGGUUGAUUUUUGUAAUGUACAAUAUGUGUAGUGUAGAAUGCAAUUGUUCAAAACCAAGAAUAAUUUACCUAGUAGCAGAAAACUGUUCUUUUUGUGUGGCAAUUUUUUGUUUCUUGAUUUAUUCACAUUUACUGAAAAAUCUUCUAAUGACCAUACAUGACAAAACAACCUUAAGUUACUUUCUAUCUAUCUCACUGCUUCAAUACAUUAUUUGGGUAUGUAUUUAAUCAGUUGUUUUGAAUUUUCUGUUGAUGUUUGUUUCCAGUGACUCGCCUUCAUACAAAUCCCCCCAAAGUCACACCACCAGCUACAAGGGAACCAAGCGUGUGUUGAAGUCAAACUAAGCAGACUGCAUCCGUUGCACAGUUCACCCACACCUCAGUGGUGACACAGUCUUCACAAGCUUCACUAUCUGUCAGAGUAGAAGUAAAACUUCUGAUCACAAGUUGUUAUGAGCACAUGAGAAAAAACAAAUUAAAUUAGUGACAAAUAAUUCAUAUUAAUUGACAGACCAGUAAAGUGUAACCACAAAUCAGAGACUGCUGUUCAAACCUCAAACAGAGAUGUUAGAGUCCUUCUUAUCGGGGUUGCUAAAUUAAUUACAACUUGCUGCAUAAAUAAGUUGUAGCAUUGUUAUGUAAAGAGAUGAGGAUAAAUUAUUAAUAAGCAUGAUAAAGAAUGCAACAGGAUGUAAUGAUUUGUAUUAUUAUGUGGUCAUCUUUAUCAUGGAAUUUUUUUCUAAAAUGUAUUGUGUGUAAAAACUAUUUUUAGUCACCUCAAUAAUUUUGUCACUGUGUUACCCAAACAUCCACUCUUUAUAAUCGCACUUGAUGUAAAUUAAAUUGUAUUUUGGGACCCAUGCAGCUUUAUGAUACUGAUUGCUUUCAAAAGCAGUUUUCAUUGUUAACUCUUUAACUUCCAGUUAACAUGUAACUUCUCCCAAUAAUGUCCAUACAUCAUCCAGCAAAUAAGUAAUAAUAAUAAUGACAAUAAUGACUUUAUUGGAUAACACAAUUACUGGUAGAACCAAUAGUUCUUAUUGUGGUCCUCUAAGACUCAAAUUUAUCAGUUACAAUUUGUUAUUUUGAUCAGCACCAAAUUCUUCUGACUAAUUUACAAGGAAAUGUUGAGCAGCUUGAGGGGAGAAUUAACAAUCAGAUAUUGGGAGUUAGAGGGUUAAAGUAAGAGUCAGCUCAACACCAAAACAACCAUUUACAUUAAAACAAGUUAUGAUAACUAAUUAUUUCCUCCUUUGAUAUCCCAAUUGAUAUUGAGUGAUAUUGAUUUCUUUGAUUAUCAAUUUCAUCAAUUAUGUUAAGUUACACAGUCAGGAAAUAAAUGAUAUCUUCCUUGUUCAGUAUUACCUAAAUUCAGUAAUAGUUUUGUGAAUUAACUAAAGCCACUUGCCCUCAGAUCCCACCAAUCCUGACUAGAUAUUACUAAAUAUGAAGAGUUUCAAAGAGGGAAUCUCAAUCAUUUUUUUCUCAGAACAGCCAUCUAAUUAAAAUGCUAA